UAUUCUGAUUUAAAAGUGUUCCUUUCAAUUUUCUUUUUCUUGAGUAGUAUACAUGUAGUGUUGUUAAUGUUAUUUCAGGACAAAAAAACCCAUUACACUUCACCAUUAAAUUAAAAAAGGAAAUGCGCUUCCAUUUGUAACAUGGUCUCACGAAGCCAAAACAUACAUGAACACUUUUGAUGGAAGUGUUUUGAAUGCAUCACGUCAGUGUUUAUGUAAGCAUAUGAUAGCAAUGCGUGUUGUUUCAGUGGACGCGAUCAUAGUUUCAAGUGCGGUAUUUCAUUUUGCAAGAUGUGUGUGAGGUUAUGACAACACAGAUGCUUUGGGAAAAUGAUCCACAGUUUCUUGUAGUUUUUGUUUCAGAUGUUUGAGAAAAUCCGUCACAUGCAUGAACACCAAACAGUGACACUGGUCAUACUGGACAGUUCUAUUUGAGAACCAUUCAUUCAGUAGCCAAAAACUGUUGGACUCCUGACAUUGCCCAUUGGUCACAUUGCCUUUUACUUUUAGGAUUGCUGCUUACCUGAUUGAAAACAACAUGGAUGUGAGGGCUGUAGGCAGUGUGAAUCAAUAAAACAUGAGAAUUUGUUUGUUUUAUAUGCAUAUUUCAUGAACACUAUUCCUCCCAUGUCUGUACGAUUUUGAGCCCUGUUUAAUAGAGUGUACUCGUUGGCUUCUCACACACAGUGUAUAGUAUUAGUGUAUAGUGCAUCAUAAACCGGACGCAAAUCCUUUGACAGUGGGCGUGGAGGUUAUUCCUUAUAAUACUUCUUAUUCUGCUCAUGAAUAAGUAAAGAGGAGGCCUUGAGACACACUCACUCACUUACCACACACGCACCUGCUCCUGGAUGGCCCCUGGUUAUGCAGAGAUGCGCACAGAUCCACACCCAUUCCCAGAGAUUCCCCUCCCCUCCCACCUCCCUUGUCUUUGUCCUGAUUGCAGCCCCAGGGGGUAGACAGUUAGGUGAGAUGGCACUGCAUGUCUAAUCUCUUAGAAAUCUAUUUGCACUUCAAGGUAAUGCUGCACAAAAUUGCAUUUUUUUUAAUAUCAUACUCGUAUUUUUCAGAGUCUGUCAUUAUGCUGUGUGUUUGGUCAGAAGUAAUACUUGCCAGUGCUCAGUUUCAGUAUUCUUCAUAUCCCUGGUUUAGGGCUUAUACUUGUGUAUUAGAAUCUAUACAUUUUUAGUGUUUAAAUUUUUUUUUGUUACGAGGCUUCAAAUUAUUGAUAUUUUGUUAAGACUAGAUGUGUUUAUAGUAGCUAUCAUGAACAUAAACUCUCCCUUUAGGAUAAAAAAAAGAAGGUGGAAAGAGGCACUAUUGUACAGAGGAGUUGUUUAAUUCUAUAUGACCCUUUCCAGGGAGGUCAGUGAAAGGUCUGGGGAACCUGUUCAAUAAUUGAAGGAGUUUUAUCUGUAAUGUGAAAGCUCUCAGUGUCCAUACACCACUUUCCUCAGAGGUGUUGAGUGAUGGCUGUGGAAAUGGGAAAUGAUAGGAGUUGUUUUGAAUGUUUCCAAUGGUAAGGGAUACUGUGGCUGCUGGCGUUUCGAUUCCAUUAAAUGCACUCUGCACAGCGACAGAGUUAAAUGCUAUGCAAGUAAUCUUACACGCUGGUGCUGUGACAUUUUUCAAGAGGGGGAAUAAGAGUCACCUUAAAUCUUGCUUCUGUAUGUCAUGAAUUUGCCAUUCUUUUCCUGCUUUGUGUGCAGAUUGGAUAUCCCAUGUGUUGCUGCUGUUCAGACAGAUGAAAGGAUGGGGAUAUCAUUCUGGAUGAUAAGGUGAAGAAUUUCUUCAGCUGAACAGAGAACAUAAAUGAGUGUUUGCCAUGCUACAUGGGAACUCCACCCUGGUCUUACUGUUCAUCCUCACCAUUUUUGCCACUGUCUAUGGUCAUUCCUACCCCCAUUUUUCCCGUAAUGACACUGAGUUCCAGCACCUGGUGCUCCACCCCGACCCCUCUGUGGGGACUGUGUACGUGGGGGCCAGGGACCACCUUUUCCAACUGGAUGGCUUAGAUGGACUGCGGUUGGAGCAAGAAGAGAGCACUGGACCUGUAAUCGACAGCAAAGAAUGCCUGCCCCCAGUCACCGACACAAAUUGUCCCCAAGCCAGAAGAACCAGUAAUCACAACAAAUUACUGCUGGUGGAUCCUAAAGCAUUGGAGUUGAUCACAUGUGGCAGCGUGCACCAGGGCACCUGCCAGAAACGUAGCCUGAGGUCAGUCAGAGAGGUUUUGUUCUCUACCGAGAGGCCUGUGGAUACCCAGUAUGUUGCAGCCAAUGAUCCAUCAGUGUCAACAGUUGGUUUGGUAGUGCGGCCAAGUGGCGGAGAUAGAACUGUGAUGUAUGUUGGUCGGGGCUAUACUGCCAGCCACCCACCCAUCUCUACACGCCACCUUUCAUUAAAACCCAUCUUUUCCUAUGAAGAGACAGCUAAACUAGCUGUGGCUGGGCGUCUUUCGGAGUAUGAUCAUCAUUUUGUGACAGCGUUCACACGGGGCACGUACGUGUACUUCUUAUUUUACCGCCGUGACAUCAAGUCACCAUCAAGGGACUACCGGACAUAUGUCGCCAGAGUGUGCAUGGAAGACACUUCCUACUAUUCGUAUGUGGAAAUUCCUCUUGUCUGCCUAUCACAGUCCCAUUCACCUAGGAGUUACAAUCUGCUCCAGGCAGCCCAGGUGGGACACGGGCCGGGUCUGCAGGGUGAGGAUCUCCUAGGAGUCUUUUCCACCAGCACCAGCCCCACAAACGACAAUCCCUCACAUGAGUCAGCUCUGUGCAUUUUCUCUCUACACGAGCUGGACAGAUACAUCAACUCAACCCGUGACCUCUGCUACACCAAAGAUGGGCGGGGGGAGGGAACAGGAGAGGCCUACAUAGAAUAUGAGGUCAAGUCCAGCUGUGCCAACCUGCCUGUGAAUACCCUGAAGGCAUAUCCCUGCGGCUCCGACCACACCCCAAGUCCAAUGGCAAACAGGGAACCGCUGAAAGCUAAACCUGCAUGGCACACCUCAUCUGCCCGUCUCACCGCCGUGGCAGUCAGUGUCAGGGAUGGACAUAGCAUCGCAUUCCUGGGAGACUCCAAAGGGACCCUUCACAAGGUUUAUCUUGGCCGAGAUGGCACUGUGGAAGUAUACGAGAACACAACGAUCCACCCCAACUCUCCCAUUAACAGUGACCUUUUGUUGGAUCAGAAUGGAGGACAUAUCUACAUCAUGACCAAAACCACGGUAGAGAAACGUCCAGUGGCAGAAUGUGGGGAUCACUUAGACUGUCAGUCCUGUCUGUCUGCCAGAGACCCCUAUUGUGGCUGGUGUGUCCUGGAGGGACGCUGUGGUCAGCGGUGGGAGUGCCAGCGAGGAUCUGAGCAGGGUCACUGGUUGUGGAGUUUCAACCAGACACAGCAGUGUCUCAGUAUCCAACACCUCAGCCUCUACAAUAUCAGCCGUGGAGAGGAAACUGAUAUUACAGUGUCAGUAGAAGGCCUACCCAGUCUAAAACAAGGCGAGGCCUAUUCUUGCUUCUUCCAGUAUACAGAAACACCGGCCUUGCUCACUACUGCUGGUGUGAUAUGUUCCACCCCUGAUGCCAGCAGUCUGCCCCCCAUUAGCCAUGGAGAUGAGUUUGUAAUGGUUACCUUAUCGCUGCGCUUCAUAAAUGUCACGGUAGCAGAGACAGAAUUCACCUUCUACAACUGCAGCUUGGUGCAGCAGCUGUCUGGACGCAGGCCAUGCCAAGGGUGUAUCAGCAGUCGUUGGGGGUGUAACUGGUGUAUCCACCAGCAUGUCUGCACACAUAAACAUGUCUGCACCGAAGGAGUGACUAUCUACAACCAAAAUUUCAAACCUCCAACCCCCACCACACCAACACCCAGCAGAAAACUGACCCCUCCACCUCCUACUGUCCCGACUGCUACAACAACAACUACUGCAACAACACAGCCACCACCCACAAAGACAUCUGCUCCCACCACUACAGCUGUCCCCACCACUACAAUCAAAGUAAUGCCACCAACAACCCCCAAUGCUGAAUCCAUCACACCUAUUGGCCUCCCUACAACUUCUCCCUCUGUCAGGACCUCUACGGAGCACACUGAGGUCACCACCAUUGGCUUCUUCGAUGUGGGAAGAACAACAAAGGGUACUGAUGAACCUACCAGAGGUUUUUCAAAGGAUCAGCUCACUGAUAGCUUAAAUAUCACACAAAGACACACAGUCACUCCAUUACCCAGCAGCACUAGUCACCAAACAGACUCUCAUUCUUUUGAACCAUCUGGUGGAUCUUCCUCUGAAAUGAGCAUGAGCGCUUCCAGCGAAGUAACCCUUUUAUCAGACCCAAGAGAUUCCAAAACUCAAGAGAAUGACUCACCACUGUGGCUGAACAGGUCGACGAACCCAGAGAGUGAGGUGGUCUCAACAAGUUCAUCUGUCAUUCCGACAUUUGUAUUGACACAAUCACCUGAAACAGAUAUUGACCUCAGCUUUGAUUCUGGAGAGAACUCCCAAUCUGAUUCUACAAUUGACUCUUAUUUUCUGGAAUGCCCAUGUGUGGAGAAAGUUCAGGAUUCUCCUCUUCUCCCUGUCAAUGUUGAGCGGAAGAUCACUCUGGUGGGACAAUACCUAAACCUGUUUCAGGAUGAAGAUUUAAACUACGAGUGUGUACUGGACAUUGAGAAUAAGUCAGUGGUAGUGGAUGCCUCAGUGCAGCCGGAUACUGCAAAGCCAUCAGUCUUCUUUAUCACCUGCCAACCGCAUCAGUAUGUGUACUCGGUCUCGCUGGAGGAGUACCCAACCACAAUCAAUGUGAGGAGAAAAAACAACUUCCUCAUUGACAGCGCUGAGGAUCUGUAUGUGACUCUGUUCAAUUGUUCGGUGGGGCGGUCAGACUGCAGCCGGUGUCGCACAGCUGACCCCAAGUAUGGCUGCGUUUGGUGUGGUGGGGCCAGCAGUUCUCACUGUGUGUACCAAGACUCCUGCACCGAUGAGAUCAAGCACACCUGCCCAGCACCAGUCAUCCACUUUCUGGACCCAGUAUCCGGUCCCGUCGAGGGAGGGACAGUGGUGACCAUUUCAGGCUCCAACCUUGGUCAGAGAGCCGAAGACAUCCAGGGCUCAGUCACAGUGGCAGGUGUUCCUUGCAAUGUGAUCCACAGCAGAUAUGAAGUCUCCUCAAGGAUAGUAUGUGAAACUACAAGCAGUGGAGGGGAGAAGAGUGAGCAGGCCUCAGUCAAAGUGAUGGGAGGAGGAGUCGGGCUGUCAGCUCAGUGUUUCCACUUCCAGGUAAAUUAAGCAGCCAUCAGUGUGUUUACAUUAAACUGUAAAAUGAAGUAUGUGUGUGUACAAAUCUGUUUUUCCUGUCUUCCUUCUUUCAU